AUGAGACUUAAAGUCUCACAUGCUCGUUCGCCACGUCAUCUGGACUCCGUUACAGCUGUUGGAUGGGCUAGUGGAGAUGAAAUUUUCUCCUGUGCUGAUGAUCAUAUAUUAUUGAAAUGGAAACUCGCAUCUAUGGAUGCAACAACUGUGACAGAAAUGCCAAGUCCGCCACGAUACUCAUGGAGAUGUAUUCGCGUUAUCCAGCUCAGAUGGCAAGUCAAACCUCCUCGUCUAACGGCAUUCUACCACAACUAA